AUGGCGGAAAUGUCUUGCCUCCAGAUCCACGACACCGUUUUGAACCAUCGUAACCCUACUAACCACCAUCAACACCGGAUACAUCACCUGAGAGAUCAAUCGCUUUCUCAGAUCCUCGAUUCGCUUCCUCAAUGGGUCCAAUCUGACGACGACGAUCUCUACGUCUCUGAUCCUUCCGAAUCUGGUUUCUCCGGCGACGUAUCGUUGUCCGAUUUAGUCUUCACGACCACCGACGGUGUUGAAUUACUCGACAGGCGUAGCUUUGCCAUGGAUCUGUUCCACCGGCGCGUUGAACAAUCUCAGGUGAGUUCGAUUGAUGACGGUAUCGAAUCGGGUUUUGGUGUGGUAGAGAGAAAUCGCGACGUUGAUGGGGAUAGUUUGGAACUGGAAUUAGGGUUGGAGUUAGAAUCUGGUAGCGGUUUCGUUGAGAAUAUAAUAGGUGAUAGUGAUCUCGUUGUUAACCUUAAUGAUUGUGAUGAACUCGAUGAAGACGAUUUGUUUGAGGAAAUGAGGUAUUUAGGGAUGGAGUCUGGUGAUGGUAUAGUUACAAUGGAAUUGGGUUCUGAUUCUUAUGAUGAAGAUGACCCAGAGAAGGAGAAUGAGAUUUGGGGAAUAGACUUGAAUGAAGAUGUGAGUGAUGAUGAUGAUGAAGAUGACCCAGAGAAGGAAAAGGAGAAUGAAAUUUGGGGAAUAGGUUUGAAUGAUGGUGAUGAUGGUGAAGAUAAUGAUGAAGAUGACCCAGAGAAGGAGAAUAAAAAUUUAGGAAUUAACAAUGAGGAAUUCGAGUGGGAAGAAGUUGAUGGUGAUGACGAGAGAGAGGUUUUAAGCGUUUUAGCUGAAGCUGAUGAUAACAAUUCAAUAUCGGUUUCCGUCUCAGCCACAAUCUCUCUAGAAGAUUUAGCUGUAGGGGAGAGAAGGGGAAAUCUAGGAUGGGAAGUUUUGUUGAAUUCUCGUAGUCUCGAGUUUAGCCUCGACGAUGCAGAAAGCAACAUGGAAUUAUACAUUGGUGACAUUGAUCAAGAAGAUGAAUAUGAUGAAGAUUAUCGUCAUACAACAGAGUAUGAAAUGUUGUUUGAGGCUGAUAUCUCAUCUGGUCUUGGUAAGCCUCCAGCAUCCAAAUCAUUCAUAAAGAAUCUAAAAGUGUCUCCUCUGACCAAAGAAGAUGUGAUGGAGAACGACGAUCCGAUGUGUUGUGCGGUUUGCAAAGAAGAGAUGAAUGUAGGAAAGGAGGUUGCAGAGUUGCCUUGUAGACAUAAGUACCAUAGUGAAUGUAUUGUUCCAUGGCUUGGGAUUAGGAACACUUGUCCUGUUUGUCGUUUCGAAUUACCUUCAGAGGAAGACUAA